AUGGGUAAAAUCGAGGCUAAGGAGCACUCCGAUUUCCCGGUGGGAGAAAUGAAGCGCUUCGAUGUAACUACAAAGAAUCAAAAUCAAAGCUGGAAACUUCCUGUAUCAAGAUUCACCUCCAUCAUAAAUGAGCAACACUCGCUUGGAGAUGUCAUUCCCAGAAACAAGCUCGUCAAAAAAAUUCUCAGUGUUCUACCUGGAUCUUGGGAGAGUAAGGUGAAUGCCAUCACGGAAGCUAAAGAUCUACAGACUCUGACCAUGGGUGAGCUGAUUGGUAAUCUGAAAACGUACGAGAUGAAGAGAAAGGAGGACAAUGAACGAAGAGAGCCUAAGAAAGAAAAGAACCUGGAGCAGUACAAGCAGAAUCCUGACAAGGCAGGAAAAAGGAACCUGGUUCCCGAGAAAAGAUUCAAUCGAAAAAGUGCUGCAGACAAUAUUGUUAAGCAGGUCCUUGCUGCUUGGGAGACUCCUCAAGUGAAUCCGAAAGGGAAUCAUAUUCUUGUAAACAAUAAGGAGACCCUCACAAUAGAACUAGGAGAGGCAGAGCAAUCUAGAGAUGAUCUAGUGGUAUGUGUAGUAGACCGAGAUGAGACCAUAGCCAAUCUUGAACUAGAGAAGGAGGCUCUGAAUGAAAAAAUAACCAGAGUGGAGAAUGAAAGAGACGAUCUGAUGGUGGUAGUUGUCGAUCUGAAGGAAAUAAUAGAAGAUCUUAGCAGUAAGAAACACUCAUUAGAAGAAAAGACCGCCUCUAUUGAAGAGGAAACGGAUGACCUUCUUGUGAUAUGUGCUAAUCUAGAGGAAACCAGCGAGGGACCUAAUAGAGAACAUAGGAGUGUAAAUCUUGAGAAAGGGAAGGGAGUAGCUAGUGAGUUGCACAUCUUGCUGGAAAAGGAGUUGAAUGUCGUAAAAACUAGUCUUUGCAAAGAACUCGAGAGGAAUCACCAACUCCAAAUUGAGUUGGAGAAAGUGAGAACUGAUCUUGAAAAAUCCUUAAAGUGGACCUGGUCCUCAGAUGCUGUUACUGCUAUGUAUCUCAACAAUGGUGGGAACAAGCAGGGCAUUGGAUUUAAAAGGGAGAAAACUCCCUACAACCCACACAACAAGUAUGUGACUAUACCUGACAACUGGCUGUGUAACCACUAUGGAAACAAUGGGCAUUUUAAAGAAAACUGCCAGGCCAGGUUUAAGUCAGUUCAGAAGAACAAACCUUCACGAAUAGAGUGA